CAUAUCAUCAACAACAUCAUUAAUCUGUGUCAGGUUCUCUUGUGAUAAGGUCGCCUCAGAAAAGGCAAAUCGCACAAACCACCACCACCUCCUCCUUCAGUGACCCCUGUGACACUACCGUACAUGGCUUGCGGUCGGCGUCGCCCGAGAGAAGAUGGAGGUGUCGAGCCACAUAUCGCGACUGGACCUCGUCUUGAGAGUCCUCACUUCUUCAAGAUCAUUCUCUCCGACACCCUUCAAUCUGGAAAGCUUGGAAUACCGAAAAAAUUCUUCGGGAGAUAUGGAAAGGAUCUCUCAAGCUUGGUACUGCUCAAGGUUCCAGCCAGUUCGACCUGGACUAUAGGACUAGAAAAGCGUAACAACGGCACACUUUGGUUGUGGAAAGGGUGGCGAGAAUUUAUGCAGCAUUACUCCAUUGGUCUCGGUCACCUCGUAGUUUUCAAAUAUAAAGGAAACUCCACUUUUUGCGUGAUGAUAUUCGACAAGAGUGCUUCAGAGAUCAAUUAUUCGUCGAGCGGCUUAUCGAACCUCAGGAGUGGAUUUAUCUCGCCGAAGAGGGAGGAUGUAGUAGAAGUUGAAGAUUCGGAGGAUUCCGCUCCUCAUCAAAAAAUGAGGGUGGAACCUCAUUCACCAUGUUCCCAGCCGAGUCCAAGCUGCUCGUCUCGAGAUCUCGAAGGCAGGACCAAACAGUCUAGAUGCAGAAUGGACCAUUCUGAGCCAGUACUUCGUGAUCCUACUCUUCCAAGGCCUCUCACUACUCCUGAGUUAGCCAGCGAAUUUGAUUCGGAGCAUCCCUUCUUCAAAAUGGCGAUACGGCAGUCUCAUUUAAAGGCAUUGCGGCUUCCCCGUCAAUUCUCCAGGCACCAUAUUCAAGAAAACAAGAAAACUGCAGCUCUUACGUAUACAGACAGAUCGUGGCCAGUGAAGCUUUCAAGAUUUACGCGGGACACCCGAGUGUUGUUCUCUGCUGGUUGGGCUGCAUUUGCAAGAGAAACUCAUUUGCGUGUAGGAAAUGCCUGCAUGUUUGAGCUCAUUGAUAAACAUGAUGUUGUGUUCAAAGUCUCCAUCUUCAAUAAUGCUGAUGAGGAACAGAUUCACAUUGAUUGAGGUGAUCAUGGGGUGGGUUACUCUAGGCAGUGUUCGCAGCAUUGAUAUGAAUCCAGGAUUCCUAAUUAUGCCUCCUUUAUUCUGCAGUGGCGAAUCAAUGAAAAGAAGACUCUUUUCUGUUCA